UUUUUAACUGAUCUUUGUGUUAGCUGAACAGCAUGACCUGCUUGUGUCCCAAUGACAGACUUCUGGUUUAAAAUGGUAGAAAACAGCUUCACGUUGUGGUUUUUUAUUUAAGUUACAGUGAAAUAAACAAGAGUGUGAAGAUGCCGGCGGGUGUGUCGUGGCCCCGCUACCUGAGGAUGUUGGGGGCCAGCAUGCUGGCCAUGUUUGCAGGAGCUCAAGUCGUCCACCAGUACUACCUGCCUGAUCUGAGUAUACCAGAAGUCCCACCGAAGCCUGGAGAGCUGCAGACGGAGCUGCUGGGAUACAAAGCCAGAGAACAAGCUGCUGCUGCCUUCCAGCAGCUGCAAGCAGAACAGAAGAACGACUGAUCUAGAUUUAAACAUCCUCUGUUGAUGGACGAUCAAUCAAUCAAGCAGACUUUUCCCACUUUGUGAGGUCGCUCUGUCCCUGGGAAUUCAUUUCUGGGCUUUCUGCAUAUUUGUGUGUUUGAUGGUUCUGGAGCGACUCUGUUGGUGUCCGGCUGCUUCAGGAGGACGAUCUUCUCUGGAACAACAUCAUUUGUUUCAUACAGCUAUUGUUUUUUCAUGUUUUCAUGCUUUUUGAAUGUGUUGUUAUUUUCAGAUCGAGUGAUUAAAUGUGUCAGAGAAAGCUUCAUGUACACACAGUUACUGCUAAAUGAAUUAAAUAAUUCUAUUCUAUUUAAAA